CAAACAAGCAGGUCAGCUGAUCCGGCCCGCCUGCGCCGUCAUCCCGGCUAUAAGCGCGCGACCUCCCGGGCUGUCCGCUCUGACCUGGUCGCCGCCGCCAUGCAGACCCCCUGCUUGCUGCUGCUGCUCGCUCUCGGCCUGCUGGCCGCGCCCGCCGCCGCGCUCGUCAGGAUUCCACUGCACAAGUUCACAUCCAUCCGCCGGACCAUGUCGGAAAUGGGGGGCCCCAUGGAAGACCUGAUUGCCAAGGGCCCCAUUUCAAAAUACUCCCAGGGGGUGCACACUGUGACCCAGGGGCCCAUUCCUGAGAUUCUCAAGAACUACAUGGACGCCCAGUACUACGGGGAGGUAGGCAUCGGGACGCCCCCGCAGUGCUUCACGGUGGUCUUCGACACCGGCUCUUCCAACCUGUGGGUCCCGUCUGUCCACUGCAAGCUGCUGGACAUCGCCUGCUGGACCCACCACAAGUACAACAGUGACAAGUCUAGCACGUACGUGAAGAACGGCACAUCCUUCGACAUCCACUACGGCUCAGGCAGCCUCUCCGGGUAUCUGAGCCAGGACACUGUGUCGGUGCCCUGUAAGUCAGGGGUGUCGAGCCAGGGCAGCAUCAAGGUGGAGAGGCAGACCUUCGGGGAGGCCACCAAGCAGCCGGGCAUCACCUUCAUCGCAGCCAAGUUCGAUGGCAUCCUGGGGAUGGCUUACCCCCGCAUCUCCGUCAACAACGUGCUCCCCGUCUUUGACAACCUGAUGCAGCAGAAGCUGGUGGACAAGAACAUCUUCUCCUUCUACCUGAACAGGGACCCAAAUGCGCAGCCCGGGGGUGAGCUGAUGCUGGGCGGCACUGACCCCAAGUACUACAAAGGCUCUCUGAUCUACCACAACGUCACACGCAUGGCCUACUGGCAGGUCCACAUGGACCAGGUGGACGUGGGCAGCAGCCUGACCGUGUGUAAGGGGGGCUGUGAGGCCAUCGUGGACACAGGCACCUCCCUCAUCGUGGGCCCCGUGGAGGAGGUGCGGGAGCUGCAGAAAGCCAUCGGGGCCGUGCCGCUGAUCCAGGGCGAGUACAUGAUCCCCUGCGAGAAGGUGUCCAGCCUGCCCAAGGUCACCAUGAAGCUGGGGGGUAGAGACUACAAGCUGUCCCCAGAGGACUACACACUCAAGGCCCAGGGCCCCAGCCAGUGCCCAGCCCCGCUGGGAGCCCCGGCCAGCACCACGGACGGCACCCAGGAAGCCCGAGUUCCCCUGGACGGGGCCUUCUGGAUCCCGAGGCCCCCGGCAGCUUCGCCCAAGGGCUGCUUCGCCUGCGUGUCCAAGCCCCCCGCCCUGCAGGCUCCAGUGGCCCCCGGGCCUGAGCCCUCAGCCUCACCCCCCAUGGCACCCACCCUGUUCCCCAUGGAGUCCAAGAGCAGCAAGACAGACAGCGUGCGGGCCACCAGCGCCCCCCAGGCCUGCAAGCACCUGGCAGAGAAGAAGACCACGACGAAGCCCGCGACGGUCAUCGAGGUCCUCCCGGACACCGCGGAGGUGAACGAUUACUACCUGUGGUCCAUCUUCAACUUCGUCUACCUCAACUUCUGCUGCCUGGGCUUCAUCGCCCUGGCCUACUCCCUCAAAGCUUUGCUCUCUGCUUGCAGCAUGCUCAGACCUGCACUUCUCUGGACUCUGUGGAAGGAGAGGGGACGGAGGAGAGGGGACUCCUCAGACCUAGCCUGGAUGAGGGGACAUGCUCCCCAGGGACACCUCUACACAGCCAGAGGAUCUUGGAAAUGGGUCCACCGCUGUCCACCAUCUCCCCAGGACUUACUGGGCUCCAACCGCUCCCUUCACUUUAAUAUCCCGUUGCAGGGACCCCAGGGCUGCCUCCCGUCCAAGCAUAGUUCGGGACAAGAAACUCCUCAACGACCUGAACGGAGCCGUGGAGGACGCCAAGACCGCUCGGCUGUUCAACAUCACCAGCUCUGCCCUGGCGGCCUCCUGUAUCAUCCUCGUCUUCAUCUUCCUGCGGUACCCGCUCACCGACUACUGAGGCCCCCACAGGCACCACCAGCCUGGAGAUGAAGCUCUGAGAUGGGUUCAUUUUCGUGGCUGACGAAAGCUGGAUGCCCUGCGGUUGGGGCGGAGCCGGAGCCCCCCUGAAGCUGUGAACCCGGCAGCGAGGCAAGGGGACAAGUGAGCUUCGUGCCAGCCCACCCUCUCUGCCUCCUGGUCCUCCGCCUGUUUCUGGGGGGCCCGUGGGUUUCUUCCUGUGCUGCUGCACCUUGGCUUCCAGUGGCUGCCCUCCCUACCUGCCUGUGCCCCCCACCCAGGCUCCUGGGGCCCCUCAGACCUGACACCCAGCAAGAAGGGCUUUUGUGGGAGCUUCCCAGGAUCAGGUGGCUGCCAGCAUCUGGGGACUGACUCUCUCCUCCCUGACACCACCUCCUCCAAGCUGUGACCCUGCUCAGAGCUCUUGUAUCUGUGAACUUCCAAUAAAAUACCUGCCCAACUCUG